CAAGUUUACAAGUUUUUUUUUUUGUAUUUUGUAUUCGUACUUUAAUUCAAGUCUUGUAUAAUGGAGAUAUGUGAAGAAAAUAUUCAAAAUUUAGCCGAAGAAAAGAUUACCCUAGGUCAAAAUUUAAUAGAACAACUAGAUAAUUUCAAGUCCAUCCCAGGUGCGCAAAAAAUUCAACGUAAAAUCAACCAGGAAAUCAAAUUUUUACAAAAGGUUGUUUCAACAAACUCGAUAAAAUUGAAUCAUGUUAUGUGCAGCAAUUUGACUCAUUACCAAUUUCUGGUAAAAAUCCUUGAGCUUCAGAAAGAUGUUGUUCAUAUUGAUUGUGGGUUUCCUGUGGAAGAACGCAACAAUCCAUUGAGGGUUGACAUUGUUUGUGACAAUGGACUUAAAUGGAUAAAAGCAAUCGCAAGGAACUCAAAGUCGUUAACAGAUGCUGCAGCUGGUCGAGCUAGCUAUGGAGCAAAGAGCAUUCUCGAUCAAGCUGAGGAGUUUGUAUAUGCGGCCGAUCAAAACCUUUGUAUGUUUCGCAAACCCAAGGUAGUUUUCUACUUUAGUCAUGACAUCGAGAAUGAGAUCCUCGAGGACAUGAAAGAGAUCGGUGUUGAAGCUCUGUCCAUAACUAAUCAACCAUUAACUGCCGAUACCGCCGCUGUCAUUGAUGAUGAAGACGGUACAGACUUUGCCAAUGUUAGUACAUUGAAUUUAGACAUAACAACCAUGCUAGCUUAUAUCAGUUCCUUGACAAACGGAAGCACCAAUUGGAGUUUUAAAGAGCCCAUACUGACCGAACAAGCAAAAAGAGAAAGAGAAUCCCCACUAAAGCCAGUUCUAGAUAAAAUCUUCGAAGGGAAACGAUUAAUUUGUUGUGAAACUGCAUUUCAAUCAUUUCAAGACAUUGUCAAUUUAUUGGCUGGUGAUAUGGAGAAACAACGAGCCGAUGCCUUAAUGGAACGUGUUGAAAUCCAUAAAGAUGUUGAAGAAAUUCCAAAUGAAAUAUCUGUGAUAAAUGUGGGUGGAAAAAUAAAUCCAAGAAGUUUAAAGAUUUUUGCUUUUGGAAUAACAAUGAAGGCAUUAACUGUAACAUCGAAUAAGGGUUUCAUACGAUCAGCUAAAAUGCAGGGUAUUAAUGUUCCUGUUUUUAUUCAUCAGGCGAGAGCGUUAACUGAAUCAAAAGAAACAACUGCUCAGCGUUUAUAGUUUAAGUGUAAAUAAAUAAAUAAAUAAUUUUGUUGAAUUUGCUAAGAAAAUAAUAAAAAUAUAUUUUUUUUUUUUUGUAAAAGUUGAUUUAGU